AGAGAGACCCAGGGUUUCUGGAACAAAGAGAAAAAAGUUUAAGAGGCUGUGGGCUGGAGGAGGGACAAGUGACAGGAAAAAAUGGGAAGGGGAGGAACACAGAGAGGGACGGGCAACAACACACACAUCUGGAAAUAGUUGAACAGAGAGAGAGAGAGAGAGAGAGAGAGAGAGAGAGAGAGUGAGAGAGUUCUGUUAACAAAAGGGAACAAAACGAAAAGUAAAAUUACAUAGUCAGAAUAAGGUUUACAUUCUGGGAAUAAGACAAGUUACCUGACGAGUGAAGAGUAACACAGAGGAGGAGAAGAAAGAAAAACUGCUUGAAGGGACCAGUCCAAAGAGGAUCUGAGGAGGAAAACUAACCUAAGACCAAAUCCAGGAGUUACGAAGUGGAUCGAGACAAAGACCAGAUCUGAAAGACCUGAACUCUCCCUCAGGAUGUCAGUGUCUCGGAGUUGUCUGUGCUGUGUCAAAUAUUUGAUGUUUGUCUUCAACCUCAUCUUCUGGCUCGGAGGAUGCGGUCUCUUCGGCGUCGGAGUCUGGCUGUCCUUCACACAGGCAGAGUUCUCCUCUCUUCCCCUGUCCUUUCCCUCCCUCUCGGCUGCCAACCUGCUGCUGGUGGCUGGUGGCAUCACCAUGGUGACGGGCUUCCUGGGCUGCCUGGGAGCCCUGAAGGAGCAGCGCUGCCUGUUGGUCAUGUUCUUUGUGAUCCUCCUGCUCCUGGUCCUGACAGAAGUCACUCUGGUGUUGGUCAUACACAUCUUUCACGACAAGCUGGAUUCCAAAGCACAAGAUGAAUUAAAGGAAGGCAUGAAGAUUUAUGAGACAGAACCUGGACUGAAGAAAUCCUGGGACAAUGUCCAGAAAAUGUUCAAAUGCUGUGGAGUCACCAACAAGACAGACUGGUAUGAUGUGCUGAACGGAACACUGCCCUCGUCCUGCUGCUCUGUCGGGAAGGACCAGUGUGACGACGGAUGGAGUGAGCCGUGCUAUCAGAAGGCCAGACAGUGGCUGCUCGCUAACAUCCCUUCAGUCCUGGUGUUCGGAGUCUGUAUUGGUGUUGUGCAGAUCUUGGCCCUGGUGUUCUCCAUGCUGAUGUACUGUCAGAUUCUGUGUGCUGAGAAGCACCUGGACUGACUGCAGAGCAGCUGAUCACCGGCCUGUGGUGGGAAGCCUUUGCACUAACUCCUCAGGGAUCUCGGUCCGGUUCAAGGGCCCCCCCUCAGAUCCCCCGACAAACCAGCAGUAUCUGACUAAAACCAGCAGUGGACACCUGUGGUCCGGACAAAGCCAGCAGUGACAGACUCUGCACCUGAGGGGAAACAGUAUUUUCUACAGAUAUGAAAUAAUAGAGUGAAAUUUGUUACAAAUGAUGUUUAUAAUAUCAAACAACAAGCAGUGCAUUCUGUUAUUCAGCAGGACUGACUGUACUCACUAUUCAUAAUUCAGUUAUCUGGACUUCAUCAGCCACCCAGGACUCAGAGACCAGAACAGAGGACCCUUCACUUCCCCUGCUGGCUCACUUUGAGGAGGGAAAGCUUUAGACCAGCAGGCCUGUAAAAAGUUUUUAUGUAGCACUGAGUUCACUUUGUUCAUGAUGUCAGUCUGAUAUGUUAUUCCUGUGAUAUAAGAGCACUUUGAACAUAUCUGUUUCAGAAACUGCAGCUCUUAUUUCAGUCUUUAUUUACACCUGAGUUUAUCAAUGUAUCUGUUUCAUUGGAGCAUAUAUAUCAUUUCUCAUACAGUAUCAGUACUGUAUUAUAGACCCUGUUUGAAUCAUAUAGUCGUGUUCCCACUGUGUUUGUGUUGCUCUUCAUUUUGUUCUCUGAUGUCUUCCAGGCAGAGAGAGUCUCCAAAUGAUCCAUAGAGAUUUGUGUGUCAGUCUGUCAGACUCCAUACACUAUAGUACAGGUGAACUCAUGUGUUAUUUGGGGGACUUAAUGAGCAUUAAUUAGCCUCACAGCUACAAACAGACCCAGGUGAGCUCCAUUAGCUCUCCACAGAGUCAACUCACUGAAAAGACCAAAACUGACUUUCUUCUACUUAACAAGGACUGUUGCCUGAUACAGCUGGUUUCUGUGCCACUGACAAAAACUGAUAAAUACAAAGAGCCACACUGCUGCACUGACUUCCUUCAGUUUAUUCUGAACCAACUCAAACUAUGUUCAUUGUGUUUGUUUUGCUGAUACGAUCAGUGUUACGGCCUCCCUGACAAAACGAAAGGCUCAACUGGAGACCGGAACAUUUAAAAGAUGCCAAGAGAGAUGCCAAGAACAAAAAAAUGUAUGUUAUUUCAAACAUAGCCAAAACAUACUCAAAAAUACUAAAGAAAUCAAAAAGCGUGGAGAUCCCUGCCAAACAGAACAAAAGAAAGGCAGGCCACUGAGCCAGCCACGCCACGGGCCGUCACACUCAGGUACUCCCCCCUCACCUGCCUAAUGCAGACUAAGCCAAAACAGAAACCGAUACCUGGACUACCACUGAUUUCCAACCCAGAAACUAAAACAACGAAACUCAACAUUCUGAACCGUGCUGGGAAGGAAGAACAAGACGGGGGAGAGGAGUCCACCCCCGAGCAGAAACCCUCUCCCCUCCUCUGUCCCUCCUUUGGAUGGGAUGCCGUGAGUAACAAUCGGCUGAUCAGCGGUCAGAUGUUGCUGCAGCUGCACUGACCCUUCUCUGUCUUUAAAAAAUCUCUGAGGGUUUCAUUUGCGUGAAUCUGAAUCAGUUUAAAUAGAUGCUCCAGAUUUAGAUCCAGCUGCGCUCGUUUGGUGUCUGUUCAUGAACACCACCACCAAAUGAAGAGGUGUAUGAAACAAAGGUCAUUUCUGAAGAUGCUUUGAUAUAAAAAGAAGGAGAAAAAACAAAUGAACGGAUCUUUAAAAAAAUCUUUUUUUAAUCACUUUUAUAGAAACAUACAAAAUAUUUUCAAGACAAAAAGUGAAAUCAAAAAUCCAAAUCUUUUCUUAUAUACUAUGUAACAUGUGUCUGACUCUUUGUGUAGCCUGUGUCUUUAAGAUAAGGUGAAUAAACCAUUACAAACUAACAGUGCAGAUGUCUCAUGUAAAAUACCCUCAUAAUAAAUAACUUGUAAAUACACAAUAAAAAUGCUUGUACACA